AUGCCGAGCAUUACAGUUACACAGAAUUCAGAGGUCAUCGUCAAGAUGGUGCUACAGUUAAUGACCGCCGAUGAAUUAAUCGACAUUUGGCGUCAAUUCAAUAAUACCUUGAUUCCCAACAGGCAGCUACUAUGGACAGGUUUGCAUCGCGAAGUGGCACAAAGCUUUGCAGAUAAGCAUGGACUACAAACACUAACCACAGCCAUGGGCCCCUUGAUGGAUAAACAUAACCCUCGCUGUCUAUAUGCUACCAAAUCUAGCAAGGCCUGGAGCGAGUAUAUCAAAGGCGCAUCAGCGCUCUUUGCAUAUUAUAUUUCCAAGGGUGAUACAGUCCUUGUCCUUUCACCUCCUCCGCCCGAUCGUUUCCAUCCUUCAGGUUGUACCAAUUUUCAGCUCAUUGAAAAACCAAUUCUGCAGGGCAGGUUCUGCAACAAGGCGGUAGGGCGCAUAAUUCUUGCACAUCCUACGGUGCAAGGCGCAGAGGCGAUAGGAUAUCAACUGUGGCCGAUUGAUAUUACAAGCAAAUGGCUGGCGCGUUUCGGUAACGAGCGGGCCGCUCCGGUUCACUGGAGAAAAGUCAAACCGAACUCGACUCCUGCGAUUAGGGCCGCAAAGCAGGUGUGGAAGCUGAAGAGAGCACGGACGGAGACGGCAGAAGAAAAGCUGGCUAGACAAGAGGCACACGCGCUCAAGGUUCGAACAGACCGAACCCGAAAGGCAAUUAUCAAACAGCGGAAAAGACAGGUUCAUGAAAUGAAGGUACAAAGAGACCAAGCCCGAAAGGCUGCAAGGCAACGGGCACUGGAGCAAAGCAUGAGCCCGCAAUACAGUGAACCAUGGUCUCUGGCAAAAAUAUUCGCCAAGAGGGGAAUGACAAAAGAUGACUUGGAUAAAUUGGGCAUCUUAGAAGUUCAUGACGACUUCAUAGUGCUGUCCUUCUAG